AUGAAGGACUGGUUGCACAGGGAGAUAGAAGCAGCAGAGGAUUCUCCGCAUGCCUGGUUGCACCUGGUCUACGAGAUGGUGAGGAUCUACAAUGCUACGCGUAAUUCGUUCACGGGUUUCUCGCCCUAUUUCAAUAUGACGGGCAGAGACUUCAACGGUCAGAAGCGACUGGAGCUACAAGAUCGGUUCGAAUCGGAGAAGGGGAGGCAGUCCGGGACAGUCGUGCUCAGUUAGAACAGCUGACCCGUGCCAACAUCAAGUGUGAAGUUGCCGGUAGGUUCGCAAGUAUGGUAUCGGUUGCGAGGCAAGUCACACGACCUGUCAGCAAGGUGGGGUGGCCCAGCGAUGGUGGUGUCAGUGC